AUGGCCCCUCCAAGUAUCCGUGAGCUGCUUCGUCGACGUGGAACCAAUCAAUCUGAGCAAGAUCCAGCGCAGUCACCGCAUCAGCAGAGCGCGAACGCAGAACAGCAAGCUAGCGAAGACCGGAAAGCCUCUGAACUGCGCGCCAAAUACCUAAAAUGGUUGGAUGAAAUGGGAGCGCUCGACACCCUACUAGUCAGUGUAGAGAGUGUCCCCAUGUCGCACGAUGGAUACGUGAACUUGAAAGAUUUCAUUGAGCAGAUGAGAACUCGUAUCGAAAUUGUCAGGAGUGAAAUCGACGAAGAGAUUACGAAGGGAUGCACCAUCAUGGACCCCUCGCCCCCAGGAAUAUUGGUACCCCAGGAACAAGAGAUGAUUUACAGUAUUGCAGCACUCAAUGGAAAGAGUAUCACGCCGCCAGCGCUCAUACAGCGUGAAGUCAACGCCUCGGUCAUCCAGUUGAACAGCUGUGACGACAACGGAGUUUUCUCGAAAGUGAUAACAUACCAGUACGGUACUAGGACGGACCCUCGACUACAUCCUGUGGUUGACAAAGUCAGGAACGUCCUGAAUGCGCUUUAUUCCAAAGUAGUUGGGCUUGAGGAGAGAAAUGUGGCGUUGCAGAACGAGUUGGAUGAAGUGCAGAAUGCUUUGGAUGGGGAGCGUCGAAAAAACAUGCGCCGCCAAGACUAUGACUACAGUCCUCAACACUACUGA